GAGUACAGAUUUGCCCCAGAUCCGCUCAUCCUCCUCACAUGGAGCUCAGCCGCCGCGAUUAACCUCGUUUUCUGCCGCGCAGAACGCCAACACGUACGGCUCUGCCAUAAAACAGGAUUAUACAGCGGCCGCAGACCAGCGGGAAUAGUCAGAGUCGGCUGGUAAGGUCAAAUCCCUUUCGCCAUAUGGUAAUAUUUAUCUAAGAAACGCACUUUGAAUAAGAAAUGCUGUAAACUGCACAUAAUGUGAACUGACCCCAAACCACUUAUCGGUUCACGGGGGGUGACCUCUAGCAGUGCAGUGAUCAGAUGCCAUACCCUCAGCCAGAGGAUUCAUGGGAAACACUUCUCAUCCAAAAUGGAGCCAAACCCAUUCCUGCCACAUCAGCUAAAACAGGGAUGAAUAAUCAAACAAAUAUAGAUGACCGGUCGCACCCUGAGCACAGCCACACCUCAAUGUAUAUAAGAUGGUGUGGAGGAUCCGGCACCACCAGAUCAUAGACGUCCAGCACCAGACUUUCCAAACUAAAAAAUUAAGCCUCAAAAAAGUGAAGAUGGGACGGACGGCUGUGAUCCUGCAGUCAUCACUGGGUUUGUUCCUCAUACUGAUAACUGCACAGGCAGCAGACAAUUCCCCUCCAUCUUGUGGGCCCAAUGAAGAAUAUCUGGAGUACGGCCGCCGCUGUUCACAAAGUUCCCUUGAAUUGCUUCCGUUUUGUACAGAUGAAUGUGUGAGGGGAUGUUUUUGCAAAGAUGGCUACAUGAGGGGAUACGAUGGAGGUUGUGUUGAGAAAGAAGCCUGUAUGUGCAGCGGGAACAGAACGUAUAUGGGCUGCGGCAAUGACUGCUUCGCGUCCUGCAAGAGACUGACUAAUAAUCAGAAGCCGCCAUGUUCCCUGGAUUGUCAUAAUGGCUGCUUCUGUAAGCCGGGAUAUCACAGUCUGUCCGAUGGGACUGAUAGAUGUGUCCUCCCUCAGGACUGUCGCCCCUAGGCGUGGACAAUGAUAAGAGAGUCCGACACACAGUUACGUAGAUCCAUUUCUGCAUAAUAAAUUCAUUCUGUUGCGCCAAUGUGUUCAGCCCCUAUACUGACCGCUGCGUCUCCAAAUAAACGUUGUGUAGUCGGAUCCUGCAGUCAC